AUGCACUACUAUUCCAAGAUUCCUUUAAUGUUGGAACAUAUGUUGCACCCUGUAGGAAAGUCAGCAACAGUUAGCCACUACGUAGAUGUAAAAGUCAUUGACAAAAUCCACGAACUUGUAUCGACAAAUAUCACCAAUCCCGUAAUGGUUAGUAAAUGUCUUGAGCAAUAUGUCGAGAAAGAGCUUUUUGGUAAUAGCAGCGAAAAACCAAUUAAAUCCAACCGAAGAUACUACCCCAGUAGACAGGAUCUGUGCAACCACAUUGCAAAAACAAUUAGCGUGAACAAAUAUUCCUGUUAUGAUCAAGAAUCCUUAAGAGUGAAAGUGGAUGAAUGGAAGAAGAAAUCUCCAAAUUCUAAUUAUUUCCUAAGGACAAGAGAUGAAGUUAGCGGCUGUGAGGAAAAAAAUUCUUAUUUGUACAUCAGGAGUAAUGGCAAAGAAAACUUCUUUUAAGGUACGGUGGAGAGCUUGUUCUUAUGGACACAAUAUAUAAAACAACGAAGUACGUCAUCCCUCUAUUUUUCGUCUGCGUAGAUGGAAAUACUGGAUACAUGGUUGUAGCUGAGUUUAUGUGCCAAAAUGAGGACUCGGUGAGCAUUGAAGAGGCCCUUGGAAUUUUAAAAACUUGAAAUCCAUCCUGGAACCAGAAGUAUUUCAUGGUUGAUCAUUCUCUAGCAGACACUGACGCCAUUGAAAAAUAUUUCCCCGAAGUGUCCGUAUACAUAUGUGAUACGCAAUGAGAUAAAAACAUUGUAACUAUGUUGUGAAAAUUAGAGAUUCAUUUCUCAAUAAUCCCAAGCUAUUUUGGAGCUACCUUGUGUUCUUUUCCUCUGUUUUUACCUCUCCUCAAUCAAACAUUGGUGAGGGCAAUACCGACAAUUCACUUCCAAUAAGAACAGAACAACAUCUAUCUGACAUCGCAAUUGGUGUAGACAAAGUUGCCAACUGUUUGCAUGGUCUGGAUACAUCGAAAGCAAGUGGCCCCGAUGGUUUACCAUCUAUGCUAUUGAAAGAAUGCACCCAACAAAUAGCACGAAGUCUAUGUACCUUGUUCAACCAUUCACUGCAAUGUGGUCGAAUGCCAUUAGAAUGGAAAUCAGCGAACAUUACUCCACUGCACAAGCAGCUGCUGAAAGAACCAGCAGAAAACUAUCGUCCCAUUUCUCUCCUUCCUAUAGUCAGCAAAGUUUUGGAACGUUGUGUGUAUUCCCAAUUUUACGAACAUGUCUUUCAUCUCAUCACUCCUCAUCAACAUGGUUUUCUACGAAAUCGUUCCUGUGUUAUACAAUUGCUCUCCAUGCUUCAUUCUAUAGGACAAAAACUUGAUAAGAACGAACAGACUGACAUAGUGUACCUUGACUUCGUGAAAGCCUUUGAUUCCAUAGAUCACUCCAUUCUCCUUCAUAAACUUAAAUGCUAUGGUGUAACAGGAAGGCUGUUAAAUUGGUUGAGUGAUUACCUCAUCAACCGUCAUCAGAGAGUCAUAGUGGAUGGUGCUGCAUCCAAAUGGACUCCAGUUACAUCCGGAGUGCGGCAAGGUAGUAUCCUGGGUCCAAUGUUGUUCAUUAUAUUCAUCAACGAUGCUCCUGAAGUCAUCAACAACAAAGUAGUUCCAGCACUAUUUGCAGAUGACACUAAGCUUUACAAGAACAUAACAUCAGUGAAUGACUGCAACCAGCUGCAAGAAACUUUAACAAACCUUGAUACUUGGAGUCAGGAUAACAACAUUAAAUUCAAUGGGUCAAAGUGUAAAGUAUUGUUGGUGAUGCGCAAGAAGGCCCCAGUUUCUUUUCCUUACCACCUCAGGUCAAAAGAGCUGUUCAGAGUUGAUGACGAGAAAGACCGUGGUGUAAUCUUUUCCAGCAAACUGCAGUGGAACUUACAUAUCAACCAAAUUGUAUCAAAAGCAAAAAGGCAGCUUGGUGUGCUUAAGAGGACUUGCUACUCACUCACAGACAUCAACAUCCGACGUACAUCGUAUCUUUUGUUGGUGAAGUCAAAGCUCGGCUAUGCCAUACAAGUUUGGUCGCCUACUCACAACAGACAACUCAGUGAAAGGAUUGAAAGAGUACAACGAAGAGCCACAAAAUGGAUUCUAAGAACCGGGACUUGUGAAAUACCACAUAAGCAAUGCCUGUUGAAGUUGGAACUCUUACCACUCUCCUACGAUAGAGAGAUGAAAGAUCUUACCAGAUCAUCGAUCUUAACAUUAACGAUUGUGUCUCUUUUGUUCAACAUGGACGUACUCGACUUAGCCAAGCUACUGGUGUAA